AUGGCUCAAAGGCUACUUGCUGUCUCUCCGCCUCCUUUCAGUGACUUCACACGCGCACGAUUGAAACAACUCUCGUCAUGGAUUCGCGAUGACCUCGAUCCAAUAGUCGCCAGAGACGGCCCAAACAUGCUGCAUGCGGAUGAUGUCUUACAAUUGCAUGACACCUUCAAGGCUCUGCGUGUCUCUCAGACGAUUUCCGCAUUGGACCUACGGGCAACCCAUAUCCACCGGGCAGUGAUAGAAGUUGCUGGUAAAGCUACCAGAUGGCCCAGCCGCCUCGCUGACGACUGUGAAAAGAUCAUGUCUGUCUGGAGUGCAAAGUUCGGGAACCUCAAUGACCUACAUCCCUUUCUCUAUGGUAGAGGCGGGAGACUGGAAGGCAUUGCUAGUUCUGGAGAAUUCUCUAAAGCCUCCCUUCUCAAACGAUGGCAGAGUAGCUGCCCAGACAAUUUGUCACUUAAGCGGUCACAUCGUCAUGGCCAUCUAGGCUUCAGACCAGGGUCGUGGUGGCUUAACCCACUGUUCGCAUCGCAUGCAGGUAUAAUUGAUUCGGCAACAACAGACGGAGGUGUUUGCUAUGAUAGAGACGGCGCGUACGCAGUGUUGUUGAAAGACGCUUCGGAAAUCGAGGCACUGACUGAAAACGCUUUCACAUAUCGAUGUGGUACACAUGACAAGGCUCGUUUCUGUCUGACAUCUGCAACCUGGAGAAGUCGUUUCCCGAUCCGCGUGCUUCGAAGCCACAGUCUGAACAGUGAAUGGGCGCCAAAGGCAGGUGUCCGCUACGAGGGCUUGUACCGAGUUGAUGGAUGGAUUAUCCGCAGCGUUACCAGCCAGGAUGCCAUGAUUAAUGAUACAAAGAUUGGCGAUAUCAUCUUUGAGGUCAAGUUUGAGCGGAUCGACCCCGUGCCAAUGAGCGAGGUCAUGAAGCAUCCGACUGCUGCAGAAGUAGACGACUACACUGAAUACAAGCGGCUGAAACAUCUUCAUCGCGAAAAUUUCAACUUGCGCAACAAACUUCAGAACUUCGAUCUUCGUCUCCCUCCUGUUAAGACUGCGCCACCAAUACCACCACCAAGUUUACUGACGUCUUCCCGGAGGCCCUCACUAGUUUCGAAUCGUAAUACCACAUUCAAGAUUCCCAUUGCGUCAGUGCUGCCCGCCUCGCCAACAUCCACCGUACCAAGAUCCAGUAUCGGAUCGCCUAGAGGGAUGGUCGAGGCUGAGAUUACAUCAUAUCUCGACAUUCCCAUACGUAGGAACGAAGACGUUCAGCCUUUCUUAUCAGGAACUGCUCCAAAUAGUCCAACGCUGGCGUUGUCUCUUGGGUACUCGAAGCGCCAAAUCGCAAAGUUCCCUAGUUUCGAAAUCAAUCCUUUGAGGACACAUAGUGAUGCAAGUCCUAUUCGGGAAAUUGCGCCAUGGGAAGUCGAGGACUCUAACAUACCGUUGGAUACAAUGGAUACAACAAGCUCAACAAAUGAGAAAAGGAUGCCUCAGUACCCAUCUGUGAAGACAAAACGUGAUGUGACAUGGUCGAAAUCAAGGUCGCGCUCAUGGCCCAAAAGUACAGUGCGUGCUUUUAGCAGAGACGACCUCCCGCGGCAAAUUGAUCAAGAUCAUUCUACGGACAAGGCCUACAAUACGUUGGCUCCAGUGCCAGGCACUGUUCCUCGCCAUGGAACAGGAACGGCUGUCAUUCGGUCGCUGAGUCGCAAACGGCUUGUUAAGUUGUUUGAUGGAUCCGGAGAAACGGCUGCUGGAGAAAACCGGUUUUAUUUUACUUGGACACGCUCUAAAUCAGCAUCAGUCGCCUCUGACUUGUCUAGGCCAGAAUAUAUUCGUCAACGCACUUCAUCUUCUGAUGGACUGAGACCUUUGAGUCCAACUCCCAUACGUCACUAUGCAACUUCCAGCGAGAUUCUUGCACAGUAUCGCCGUAUUUCAUUGGAUCUUUCCGACAUCGAGGCUUCCCCUCCCAUGGAAUCUCUGGGACCGAUCGCUUUCUCGUCACAUUCUGUGCCUACCUCCGGCGAGGACAUGCCUAUGUUCGACCAUGAUCGCGACAAGGUAUCCAAAUUUCUGUUGCCCAUCUCACCAGCAAGCGUUCUGCCCAGUAUAGCGGGCCCAUCUCCGGCGCUCUCUUGCACAGCACUAACGUCUCCGAAGACAGUCACAUGGUCAGAGGCAUUGACCAGUGGUCCUGCUCAGGAAAAUAGGCUUUCUGUAGUAGAACUGAUGGCAAUUUCAUUGAAAAGCACGGAACGAAGGCGAGAGGCAAAGCAAUCAGAUGGACCCAUACCAUCAUUUGAAGGAUUAUCUUGGGCAAAUUCCGAUCUGGCGGGAUGGAAGCGUCAGACGACCCGGGACAGUUUAGAAAAACUAGCACCAGAUGAUCUUCCCGAGAGUCAUUUGUAG